GAAAGUAGGUGGAUUUUUCUUUACUAUUUAUAGCACCUGAAACUUUUCAGAUCUUAUCUUUCAACAUGGACUCCAUUAGAAGUUCACAUAUGGGGACAGACAUACAACAUAUAUCAGAGUCAGUGUUUGUGGGAAUGUGUCAUAAAGUGGGGACCUCACAACUGGUGGCCAUGAGGAGAGAUGUGAUGGACAUCAAGGAUAUGGUGGAAAUUCAAGUGAAAACAAGUGAUGAGUACAGAGCGAUGUUGAGUGGAAGUCAAAGAGAAGGAUUCAGACUGGAGGGAUCAGAUAUAGACUAUAUGUCCUGGUUAAAUAAUCACCGUGUGAUCUGGGAAUUAUCUCAGUCUCAGUGUUACAACACACACAGACAUACACUGAUCCUCUGUGACUGUUCUGAUAGUCCACCAGGAUUCACUUUGUUAUAUUUACUCUCACCAAGCAGGAACAGAGACAUUCAGAGAGCUUCUAUUAGAAUAAAUAACAGAAAUUAUAUAUCUAGUUCUAAAUUAAGACAGAUCAUGUGUUUUGACUCCACUCCACAUGGACCCUGUGCCAGUGGAACAAUUGGAACAACAGAAUAUGAUUCUGCCCACUGUUUUAUUUGUGACUUUUGGCCUCCAUCUGCCUCCUCAUGGAUAGACAGAUGUCACUCAUGGCCCCAGCCUCAUGUUGUUGAUGAUAUAGUAAAAAAUGGAUGUCACUUUGUAGCAAUUGGACAUAAGCUAGGAAGUCAUGAAGACCAUGAAUGGAGAAUUUCUUUCUCUUUGGCAGAACAAAAACUAGUAUAUGAAAUGAAUUACUGUCAAUUCUUAACUUAUGGCUUACUUAAGUUGUUCUUAACAGAAGUAAUUAACAAUGGAGUAGGUGAUAAUGAUAAAUUACUGUGUUCUUAUCACAUGAAGACAGCAGUUUUCUGGGUGAUUCAACAAAAUACAAUACCUCACUGGUGUCCACAAAAUCUCCUGGGGGGUUUCUGGGUCUGUUUUAAAGUCAUCCUUAAAUGGGUGUAUGAGGGGGUCUGUCCUAACUUUUUCAUACCAGAUAACAACAUGUUUCUUACUAAAAUUCAUGGCGACAAACAACAUCAACUAUUUAUUAGAUUGUAUGGGUUGUAUGAGAAGGGUAUAACAUUCCUGCUACACAGUCCCUCCAUUAGGGCUUAUAUUAUAAAUGUCCUUUAUAAUCCCAGACUCUCCAUCUGUACAGAUGAACAUACUCUGAUUUCUGAGGCUGAGUUUGAUAUAAAUCUAUAUAGAGAAAUACACUACUAUAACACAUUAUACAAUUUGAACAUACAAAGUUGUACGAGAUAUCUACAUACAAUAGAACAGAUGAUAGGUUUACCUCUCCUGACACAGUAUCAAGCAAUUAUGCUACAGAAACUUACAGCUGAUGUCCUUCAGAGCAUUGCUUUUAUAUUACACAUGGAAACUUACACAUAUAAAAAUAAACAGAGGUAUAGAGCUGACAAAAUCUCCUGUCACAUGCUGAAAUUAGCAGCCAAAUUUGGUUGUAUUACUGACAUGCUGUAUAUAGCCAUGUAUUAUUACAAGACACUUAGAUACAUGGAAGCUUUAUCUAUCAUAGAGAUGAUCAAGGUCAAGUUAGCACAGCCAUAUGUGAUGUAUAGGUAUAAUGUAAAUACAGAGAUGUAUACUGAUGCUGUAGGGGGACAGUUCUGGUCAACAAAGAUGAGACAGGCUGUAUCAGGGGAUAUCAUACUUUACACUAGAAUCCAUUACAUCAGUGAAUUGAUACCAGAACAACAGUCUGCUCUACAGAAUGGCUGGCCUGGAUUACAUGUCCCACCUUUUACACUGUUAUAUAUGCUAGAGAUCUUGUGCUACAGACAUGUAGACACAAUGGGAGCACAAACAGCUCCAGAUGAUCUACAGACAUUACUUCACAUUGAUCAGGGACAACUUAUACCUUUACAUUACAGAGACAUAUCAUGGCAGAUUCUGGGGAUCUGUCAACAGAUGACAGGGAACCUCCAGGCUGCUUUAUACUCAUACCAACAAUCUCUCAGACAAAUACCAUUCAACAAAAUACAAGCAGCUGUGCAAAUGAGAAUAGAUCAGGGAGAGUUCCUUCCAUAAUAUUACUUAAUUAGUAAAAUAAAUGCCAAAGAUUUAUAAAAGUUCACUAGAUAGGGUUUACAUCCUUGUAUAAAUGUCUCAUUUUAUAGUCUCUGACUGAUCCUUUGAUUUCAAACAAGAGGUCCAUGGGUAUCAAUGCUCACCGGAGUCACAUUGGCCCUGCUGUUCUCCAGGGGAUAUGUAUGAGUGUUUAACCCCACUUCAUUCCCAUGAAAAUGGUUGGUCUCAUAUUGUGUUCCCACGUUAAGAAAGCAAUCAUGAUCCACAAAACUUGGAGAUGCUGUAAUAUCAUUGUUAAAUGUGGCUUUGAUGUUAUGGAGAUCUGAUGAAUUUUUUCCCCUGUAUACAAAUCUGGGCUUUAAAAUAUAAUGACCCAAAUUUAUGUCCAACUUUAAUCCUAUUGUCUAUAAUUUGGAAAUAAAUGAAUUUAUAAUUUU